UAAUGAAUGUAACAACUAACAAGCAACAACACUACUGUUAGUGUGCAAUUGAUUUCAUAACAGAGUGUGUGUGAAUUGCGUCUUAAAUCGUAAAUAUUUUUUUCUUAAUCGCGUGCUGUACAGUAUAUUGUUUUAAAUACAAAUUACAAUUACGGAUAUAUUAAAUUAUUAAUAAAAUAAUAUUAAUAAUUUACAAAAUCAUAUAUCUAUCUGUCUAGCGUUUACGAUACGAUAAAUAGUAUAUUCGGCCGCUUUAGUGUUUUUUGUUUGUUUUUAAAUUUUAAUAGUGGACAGGAUAUUGUGAUUGGUGUCGUGUAAUGAUAUUUGUAUGUAGUUGGUGACUGACUAUAUAUAUACAGCCUAAUAUUAGGUUUAACAUUUGUGCACUAAUCAGAAUGGUGUGUCGUGACCAAUAUUCUGUAUUUAACUUGCUGGCGGUAUGGAGAUGCCUUUGAACGACAGGAAGGUGACGGUAUAUCUUUGUCUAUUGGAACUUUGCACUGCGCCCACACAUUCCAAAUACUAGUAGAUAAAUAAUACAACUAUUAUUAUAAUGUCAACGUUUUACGGAUUGCCCGGAGAAACAAUGAAUUGGACAUUGAGUUUACUUGUAGUUUAUCUUCUAAGUCCGGCAUUCUCAGAAUUGACAUGUUUAAAAAAUGAAAAUUGUUUUUGUCAAAUGAGUAUGGACCACGACGAUAUGGAAGUUAUUUGUAAUAAUUCAGUAGACGUCAAAUUAAAAUCUAUGCAUUCAUUAGUUCAAAUACAGUGUCAAUCAGAAAAAAUGAUGUGGCAUCAGGUUUUUAACCAAAUAAAUAUCACAACAAUUGAUUACAAAAAUUGUCAUUUACCAGAUAGAGGUUUUCGCCAUACCUUUUCAUUGUUGGGUAUCAAUGACUUUCAAAUAAUGAGAUUAAAUUACAUAAAACUUUACAGUAGUUUUGGAAGUGUUUAUUUAUCAAACCUGCAGAAUGUCAAACAUUUAGAAAUUAGUGUUUCAAAGGCUGAUUCAAAGUUAAUACUUACUAAUGACACAUUCAAUGGAACUCCAAAUCUAAUAAAGUUGUUUUUAAGGAGUAAUAAUAUUGAUCAUUUACCUAAGUAUGUGUUUAAACAACUCACUGCUUUGGAAAGACUUGAUUUAGGCGGAAAUAAAUUGACAAAUUUAGAUCCUGAUCUUUUUAAUGGUAUUCCAUUAAAGAUUUUAAACUUGGAUUCUAAUAGUUUGACUACUUUAAGUUUAAAAAUUCAAAGUUUAAUACAUUUAGAAUUAAGUAAUAAUAAAUUAACUGCUAUAGAUGUAGAUAAUCUAAAUAAUCUUAAACAUCUUUAUCUUAACAAAAAUGUCCUAACUAGAAUGAAGGAUAAACCAUUUACAAACACUUCCCUUGAAACUCUAAAUUAUAAAAAUGGAAAUUUUACUAUACCAAACAAAUUCUUGACUGAUUUAAAUCAACUACACAUUGUUACGUUGAUAUCAUUGAAUUUAGAAGUUUUACCAGAAAAUAUAUUUUGGGGAUCAAGAAAUAUUAAAUCGCUAUUGUUAUCCUCAAACCGCUUAAAGAAUUUACCUGUGUUACUUUUUCAAGAUUCUGAGAACAUUAUAGAGUUAGAUUUGUCUAAAAACCUAAUUGAAGAUAUUAACCAAGAAUUGUUUAGACCUUUAAAAAAGUUAGAGAAGUUGGAUUUGUCUAGAAACUAUCUUACACGGAUAAACACUGGCUUAAAAUAUUCAACUAAUCUAGUUAAUUUGAAUUUAGCAAAAAACAAAAUAUGGACUUUUGAUUAUGCAGCAUUAAAUUUACCUAAAUUAAAAGAAUUGAAAAUGGCUGAUAAUCAAAUAGUUAGCUUGGCAUCAAAUUUACAGUUUUCACUACAGUACUUGGAGAAUGUUGAAAAUUUAGAUUUGGCUCAUAAUAAAAUUACUAGUAUUGAUCCAGGAUGGGUUAAUCUGGUAAAAUUAAAGAAUGUCAAUUUAUCAAACAACAACAUAUCUAAACUGAGUAUUGAAGACCUUCAGUAUUUUGUUCACAUUGAGACUGACUUUAGCUCAAAUCCUUUACAAACAGUUAAUUUAUCUGGAUUAGAUGUUAUCGCUAAUUCACAAACAUCAAUGUAUAACACAAAGAAAAUCGUUUUAUCAAGUCAUACAUUUUCUUGUGAUUGUGAUAACUAUGAAUUUGGAAGAUAUUUACACAAAUUAAUGACAGACAAUAUGUACAAAUAUCUUAAAAUUGAACAGGAUUUGACAUGCAAUAAUGGAAUGAGUUUUAAAGACGUUAGUUUGGAUAGCUUGACAUGUGGAUGGGACCAAUUUGAUGAUGAAAAUAAAACAGAUUGUUCGGAGUGUAUAUGCACUUAUCGGCCUUUUGAUAAUUCAGCAAUUAUGAACUGUUCUAACAGCAAUUUAAAGCUUGCACCUACAAAAAUUAUUACUAGUAAAAAUCUCAACUACACGGAGCUGAAUUUAAGAAAUAACUUGAUUACAGAACUGCCAGAUUACACUAGUGUAAACAUUGGGAAAUUGGAUGUUGGAAAUAACAGUUUAAAUUUUUUAAACAUGUCAUGCUUACCAAGAAAGUUAAUCGAACUAAAUAUGGGUCAUAAUGAAUUACAAUCAAUUGAAUCAUCUUUAUCGUCGGAUACAGAAAUAUUCAACAACUUAAACCGUGUAAUUUUAGCUGGUAAUCCAUGGCUUUGCAACUGUGAGACUAAAUAUACAAUUUCUUUGUUUCAUAAAUAUGCAUAUAAAAUUACAGAUUAUUCCAAUGUUACUUGUUCAUCGUCGACUCUAUUACAAAAUUUACUCGUUGAUGAUUUGUGCCAUAAAUCUACUAUUUUAAUGGCUACAUCAAUAUGUAUUGCACUUAUUGGUUUAUCUCUUGGUCUUCUAUUUGCCAUAUAUUAUCGUUAUAAAAUUGAAAUUAAAGUAUGGUUGUAUGCUCAUCACAUAAGGUGGCCAAUGGCAGAAGAAUCGAUUGAUAGUCAUAAACUCUACGAUGCAUUUAUAAGUUAUUCUCAUAAAGAUGAAGAUUUUGUUGCCAAACAAUUGAUUCCUGGCUUAGAGGGAGGUGAAAACUCUUUCAAACUCUGUUUACACAGUAGAGAUUGGGUUGUGGGAGAUUGGAUCCCUGCUCAAAUCGCUCGAUCAGUUGACGAAUCUCGAAGAACUAUUAUUGUAUUGUCUUCCAACUUUUUAGAAAGUAUAUGGGGUCGUAUGGAAUUUCGAACAGCACAUUCAAGUGCAUUGAAAGAAAGACGGAGCCGUGUCAUAAUAAUUCUUUAUGGAGAUGUACCAACAGAAGCAUUGGAUCCUGAACUUAAAGCUUAUUUAUCAAUGAACACUUAUGUGAAAUGGGGCGAUUAUCUGUUUUGGGAAAAACUGAAAUAUGCUCUUCCACAUAGACAUAACGAGAAAAAGAAACCUAGAAGCAAAAUAAUAAUACCAGAUAAGUUAAAUCCUUUAGUACUGGCAUAAAAUGAAUUAUAUUAAUGUAUCGGGUGAUUGGUUUACUACGACCCAGUCAAUAACUUUGAAUAUAUUACUUUUAUAAUUAUUUGUUGGGAUGUUAAUAUAUUUUUUUUAAAUAUAAUCCCAUCCCUUUCUUUUAUGUUAAAACCUUAUGAACUAAGUUUUUCAACGGAAACAUAUUUAUUUUAUUAACUUUUUAAAUUAAAAAUAAUUUGCUGAACAUUUUGACUGGUCGAUAAUCAGUUUUGGAUCAUUAUUUUUAACUUGGUUGAGUAGGCUCACAGAUAAAAAAAACAUCUCUCCACCCUUCCUUUAUUUUAAACUUUUGUAACUUCAAAAAUAAUUAUCCAAAACUGGUUAUGGACCAGUCAUAAUGUUCAGCAAAAUAUUCUUAACUUAAAAAGUUAAUUAAAUAUAUACAUUACAAUUGAAAAAACUUAGUUCAUAAGGUUUUUAACAUAAAAGUAAUGGGUUAUAUUUUUUUAAAAAUAUAUUAACAUCCCAACUAAUAAUUAUAAAAGUAUAAAAAAUUAAUUAAAAAAGUAAUAUAUUCUAAGUUAUUGAUUGGGUCAUAGUUGACUAAUCACUUGGUUUAUAAAUAUUAAAUACAUAUUAUAAUAGUUAUCUUUCGGUGCUUGGUCAAAACAAGUUAGUUCCUAAAAUGAGGUUCUACCUCAUGAAAAUAUUUUAAAAUACCAGAUCUAAAAACAAUCGUUUUAUUAGCAUUUCAACUAUAAACAUAAUAAAGUAAUUUACUAGAAAUAAAAGGGUUUUACAAUAUGUUCACCAACUUAAAGACAUUUUUUCUUAAAAGUUAAUAUUUUUGACUUAAUACUGAAUACUAUUUUUUUUUAAACAUUUUGUGUCUAAGAAGUAUAAAUAUAUUUCCUAUUUAUAUAAAUAUGUAUAACAAAAAUACAUUUAAAUGAAUAAACACGGUGUUACCACUAUUUUCAA